AGAGAGACGCGAGACACACUGGGGACUCUUUUUUGUGGCGGAGGCUUCAGGCUGUAGUGGACAAUUCACGUCGGGAGGAGGUGCUGUACGUCCAAGAUGGCGGCGCCCUGUAGACUGGAGGAACUAUGAGUGACCAUGAAAGACACCAAGUUGACAACACUGGAAAGUGAAGUAUCAGUUGUCCCCAAAACAGUCUGGUAGCGGCACCAAUGAAGAACCUUUGGAGUCUUUAAUACAUGUACUGGAACUGGCAUAAGCACAUUCAUGUAAGAUAAUGGCCCAACAAACAAAUGUUGGGGCGCUCCUCUCCAUGCUGGAUUCCUCCAUGCUGGGUGUGCUAGAUGAUAUAAUAGCUGUCUUUAAGGAGAACCUCAACUCUGACCGCGGUCCUAUGCUUGUAAACACCUUGGUGGAUUAUUACCUGGAAACCAAUUCUCAGCCAGUUUUGCACAUCCUGACUACAUUGCAAGAGCCACAUGAUAAGCACCUCUUGGACAAAAUUAAUGAAUAUGUGGGCAAAGCUGCCACUCGUUUACGCAUCCUCUCGUUAUUGGGGCAUGUAAUAAGACUGCAACCAUCUUGGAAGCAUAAGCUCUCUCAAGCACCUCUUUUGCCUUCUUUACUAAAAUGUCUCAAGACUGACACUGAUGUAGUAGUCCUCACAACAGGAGUUUUAGUGUUGAUAACUAUGCUACCAAUGAUUCCACAGUCAGGGAAACAGCACCUUCAUGAUUUCUUUGAUAUUUUUGGCCGUCUUUCAUCGUGGUGCCUGAAGAAACCAGGCCAUGUGACAGAAAUCUAUCUUGUCCAUCUCCAUGCCAGUGUUUAUGCUCUCUUUCAUCGCCUUUAUGGAAUGUACCCUUGCAACUUUGUCUCCUUUCUACGUUCUCACUAUAGUAUGAAGGAAAACUUGGAGACUUUUGAAGAAGUGGUCAAGCCAAUGAUGGAGCAUGUGCGAAUUCAUCCGGAAUUAGUGACUGGAUCCAAGGACCAUGAACUGGACCCUCGGAGGUGGAAGAGAUUAGAAACUCAUGACGUUGUAAUAGAGUGUGCCAAAAUCUCUCUGGAUCCUACAGAAGCCUCAUAUGAAGAUGGCUAUUCUGUGUUUCAUCAGAUCUCAUCACGCUUUCCUCAUCGUUCAGCUGAUAUCACCACCAGCCUUUAUGUUGAUACACAGAAUAGCUAUGGGAGUGCUACUUCUACCCCUUACUCCUCUUCUUGGCUGAUGUUGUUAAAUACACCAGGGCAGCUACCUCAGACUCUGAGUUCUCCAUCAACACGGCUGUUAACUGAGCCGCCACAAGCUACUCUUUGGAGCCCAUCUAUGGUUUGUGGUAUGACCACUCCUCCAACUUCUCCUGGAAAUGUCCCACCUGAGUUGUCCCACCCUUACAGUAAAGUCUUUGGUACAACUGCAGGUGGAAAAGGAACUCCUCUGGGAACCCCAGCAACCUCUCCUCCUCCAGCCCCACUCUGUCAUUCGGAUGACUAUGUGCACAUUUCACUUCCCCAGGCCACAGUCACACCCCCCAAGAGGGAAGAGAGAACAGAUUCUGCAAGGCCAUGUCUACACAGGCAACACCAUCUUCCUAAUGACAGAGGAUUAGAAGAGAUACCUGGUGGCAAAGGUUCUGUCACUCUAAGUGAUCUUCCAGAAUUUUUAGGUGAUCUGGCCUCUGAUGAAGAUAGUAUUGAAAAAGAUAAAGAAGAAGCUGCAAUAUCUAAAGAACUUUCUGAGAUCACUACAGCAGAUGCUGAGCCUGUGGUUCCACGAGGAGGAUUUGACUCUCCUUUCUACCGUGACAGUCUCCCAGGUUCACAGCGGAAGACCCAUUCAGCAGCCUCUGGUGCUCAGGGUACUAAUGUGAACCCUGAGCCUUUAAACUCCUCCCUGGACAAGCUUGGGCCUGACACACCAAAGCAAGCCUUUACUCCCAUCGACCUACCCUGUGGAGGUGCUGAUGAAAGCCCUGCUGGCAAUAGGGAACGCCAGACUUCUUUGGAGAUGAGUAUCCUCACUCCCAGCCCUUGUAAAAUUCCACCUCAGAGGGGAGUGGGGUUUGGAAGUGGGCAGCAUCCCCCAUAUGAUCAUCUCUUUGAGGUGGCAUUGCCAAAGACUGCCUAUCAGUUUGUCAGCAAGAAGACUGAGGAACUAUUAAAGAAGGUAAAAGGAAACACAGAGGAAGAUUAUGCUCCCUCUCCCUCCCCAAUGGAAGUACUGGAUAGACUAAUACAGCAGGGAGCAGAUGCACACACCAAGGAACUUAACAAGUUGUCUUUACCCAGCAAGUCUGUCGACUGGACCCACUUUGGAGGCUCUCCUCCCUCAGAUGAGAUCCACACCCUCCGUAACCAGUUGCUUUUACUGCACAACCAGUUGCUCUAUGAGCGUUUUAAGAGGCAGCAGCAUGCUCUUCGGAACAGGCGACUCCUCCGGAAGGUGAUCAAAGCAGCAGCUCUGGAGGAACAUAAUGCUGCUAUGAAAGAUCAGUUGAAGUUACAAGAGAAGGACAUCCAGAUAUGGAAGGUUAGUCUGCAAAAAGAACAAGCCAGAUACAGUCAGCUUCAGGAGCAGCGUGACACUGUGGUAACCCAGCUUCAUAGCCAGAUCAGACAGCUACAACAUGACCGAGAAGAAUUCUACAACCAGAGCCAGGAAUUGCAGACAAAGCUGGAAGACUGCAGGAAUAUGAUUGCAGAGCUACGGAUAGAAUUAAAGAAGGCCAACAGCAAGGUGUGUCACACUGAACUACUGCUCAGUCAGGUUUCUCAAAAGCUUUCAAAUAGUGAGUCAGUCCAACAGCAGAUGGAGUUCUUAAACAGACAGCUGUUGGUUCUCGGGGAAGUCAACGAGCUGUAUUUGGAACAACUGCAGAACAAGCAUGCAGAUACCACAAAGGAAGUGGAAAUGAUGAAAACUGCUUAUCGGAAAGAAUUAGAAAAAAACAGAAGCCAUGUUCUCCAACAGAAUCAGAGGCUCGAUACCUCCCAAAAACGGAUUUUGGAACUGGAAUCUCAUCUGGCCAAGAAAGACCACCUUCUUUUAGAACAGAAGAAAUACUUAGAGGAUGUCAAAGUCCAGGCAAGAGGACAGCUGCAGGCUGCAGAGAGCAGGUAUGAAGCUCAGAAAAGGAUCAACCAAGUGUUUGAAUUGGAGAUUUUAGAUUUAUAUGGCAGGUUGGAAAAAGAUGGCCUCCUGAAAAAACUUGAAGAAGAAAAAACAGAAGCAGCUGAAGCAGCAGAAGAAAGGCUUGACUGUUGUAAUGAUGGCUGCUCAGAUGCAGGAGUAGGGCACAAUGAAGAGGCAUCUGGGCACAAUGGUGAGACCAAGAUUCCCAGAUCUGGAAGCACCCGGGGCAAUAGUGGAAGUAGAGGAGGCGGAGGAAGCAGUAGCAGCAGCAGUGAGCUUUCUACCCCAGAGAAACCUACAAACCAGAGGGCAAGCCCAUUCAGUAGUCGUUGGGAAACUACCAUGGGAGAGCCCUCUACCAGCAUCCCUAUGACUGUUGGCUCACUUCCCAGUUCAAAGAGCUUCCUGGGCAUGAAGGCUCGAGAGUUGUUUCGUAAUAAGAGUGAGAGCCAAUGUGAUGAGGACGGCAUGACCAUCAGUAGCCUUUCUGAAACCCUAAAGACAGAACUGGGCAAAGACUCAGAUUUGGAAGCCAAGACUCCCCUGAACCUAGAUGGCCUGUACCCAUCUACCCCAAACCCGGACAGUGUUGGACAGCUUCGUAUCAUGGACUACAAUGAGACGCAUCAUGAACACAGCUAAGGAUGAUGGUCAAUCAGUGUUAACUUUCAUAUUGUUGGCAUAGACCAGGAGGUGUGAAAUGCAGAUUUCAAAGCUUUCCUAUUUCCAGGGUCUGAGUGGCUAGCUCAUGCGGUGGAAAUGGGAUGGAGAUCCUUUUGAUAAUUGACUGAAUGCGGAACGGUUUUUGGAUCUGGCAUUGAAAUGCCUCUUAACCCUACCCUCACCCUGCCCCCAAGCUUCUCUUUUAUUUACCUAGCAGUGUGUGCUAAUCCAAGGGCCAGUUUAAGUUCUUAAGUAGCUUUAUUUUCUUCCUUUUCUCCCAAAUGGUUGCAUCCUUUGAACCUGUGCAAUAUGAGGCCAAAUUUAAUCUUUGAGUCUAACACACCACUUUCUGCUUUACUGAAGCUCAGAUAACUUGGUUGGCUCUUGGUUUAGACCAGGUAAUUAGUGGCAUUGCAGGUAAGUCUGGUUUUGUUCCUUUCCAGAGAGUAGUAUGCAAAGCUGUUUGUCUUCAUGUGAAAGCUUUUUUCAUGAGACUUUUUCACUGCUUUUUGGUUCUGAAGUUCAGCACCUGAAGCAGCAGGUUUAGGAAAACAAUGGUUUAUUUACCCUUACAUUCUUUUGGCAGUUCUGAUAAGCUUCCUAGAAAGCUCUGUGUGAACAAAUGUCUGCUGUUUCAAAAAUUUAGAGCUGGCACUGAGGAGACCAUAUUUAUUUACCCUUUGGGAAAGCUCUGUUCCUUCUUCCCCCACUACCUCUUAUUUAUUUGGUGUUUGAAUGAAAGCUGGUACUUUUCUGAACGCAGGCUGGCAGUGUAGAUGGUAAAACCUGUUCCUGCAGGAGAGAAGGAGUGGUAACUUUGAAAAGUUACCUGAGAAUCACUUGUGUAAGAGAAACUGCAUCUCCAUGCAGAUCUUGUGCUGGCUGAGCCUUUUGGUUAAACUUCUCUCUGUUUCCCUCUCUCUGUGUUCACACUCACCUCUUAUUUAUGUAGCUUCUUAGUAACAUGCAGCAGAAAGGCUCUGAAGUUCCAAAGAGUUUCUUCAAUGUUUUAUGUGACCAUUGUUUCUCGGGCUUUUUUAGUUCCCUCACUUGAUAGUAGGUUCUAGACCACCAAAAACGUAACAGCUUCUUCAUACCAGUUCUAACUUUCAGGGACCUACUAUCCAAGGAGCUUGUUGCUGUUACACUCCCACGUGUUAGUAAUGGCAGAGCAUUUUAAAGGAAAGCUUGGGAGAAUGUUGACAAAGGCUGAUUGCUGUGUACCCACUGGGGUGACCACUUGUGCUCAGGAGCAGUGUGACUCCAGUCAGAACACUGAUGGUGGCAGAGAAUCCAAACUCAACAAAUGCUCCUGAAAUAACUGCUAGAAGCCUAAGAAUUGUGGCCUGGUAUUCCAGUUGAGGUAAGGAGAGACUUGUUAGGACAAUGAACUUGGUUUUUCAUUGUUAGACAAUGAACUUGGUUUUCCGUUUUCUCUUCUUUCCAUAAAAAAGAAUAGGGUUCAGCCAUGAAGAGGUAAAAGACAAACUGUAAUGGUACGAAAUCUUACUGUAUAUGGAAGCUUCCAACAUGUGAGGAUAAAAGUCUUUUUAUUUUGGGUGGCAAUAAAUAUUCUAGCAUCCCUAACCAAAGAGAGCUAGACCAUUAGGGACUCCAUGUCACUAUGGCUGUGCUGGCAGAUAACUUCCUUGGGACAGGAUUUUUGGGUAUGAUUGACUGGUCCCCAGCCUAAGGGAGGGGACAUACUUGAGUGCUCUCAGCCCAGCACAGGGCUAGCAAUUGCCACUAAUGGCCCAGUGUGAAGUAGUAGUGGCACCAUAUGUUUAACUUUGUCCAAAGGAAAGCUUAAAAUCCAAUAUGUUCAACUUUUCUAGUUCAGUUUUAGAAAAGGAAAACAUGAACAUAUUCAGGAAAAAAAAUAUAUAACUAUUGAAACUGGUUUUAAAUGCUUUCUCCUCCCCAAACCCAAGAGAUAUGUGCCACAGAACACCAGGCACUUAAAUCAAAGUCUUUUUCCUGGCUAACUGGCAAAGCAAAGGAGGCCAGUAUAAGAAAGAAAAAAAACAUUUAUUCUUUCAAAUGGGCAGAUAGUAAAAAUAUAGGAAAGAAAAGGAGGCAGCAUGGUAAAAUGGAACAAGAAUGAGGCCAGAAGCUCAAUGGGGAGAUCUCUGUGCACUGUGAUCUCAGCAUAUUCCUUUACCUGGGCAUCCAUUUGCUCAGCUUUGAAAUGAAGGCUCAGCUAGGUGAUCUCCAUCUCAAGUUCCUUUUGAAUUCUAGUUCUUUUUUUUAAAAAACUAAAGUUGGGGGAUUUAGACCUGGAGUCAUGUUCAAGUUAGCCAACCUAAAAAUUUGGGCCUUUAUGUUGCAGAGGACUCCAGAGUGAAAAGGAAGGUUUUGUUUUGUGGUUUUGAAGGUGAUAAACCUGCCAAGAAUCAGUGGCUCACUUGAUCAUGAUGCAGUGAGUAUUUUUUAAGGAUAGACAGGUGAUAUUAGAGGAACCCCCAAGAAAUAAUUCACAUAUGGGAAUAGGUAGGGCUAAGAUAUUAGAACGAUUAUUGUUAUGUGCAGCCUGUCUUGGCUCUGGAUGAGCAGCUUGGUAUUCAUAAAUGUUGGGAUUGGAGAGCCUCCAUUCCCAAAUCACUAUGAACAACAAGCUUACCUGACUCAGAGACAUUUGACCGAAGUGUGUAACCUACUCUGAUUCCCACCUAACACUAACCAGGGUUAGCACAGACCCUGAGAAGAUUGGAGUCUGCUGCUUGCACAGCAUUUGUUUAGAAAGGAGCACUACACUAUUAUUUUGGGGUUGAGGGUAGGGGGUGAAGAGGGGAAAUGGGAUGAUAACAGCAUGGUCUCCACAGAGAAAAUGAGUUCCUGAGUCUACUACAGGUCAGUAAGCAUAUGGAUCUCUUAUCAGAUAUAACUUAUAGAUUUUUUUUAAAAGCCUUUGACAAAGUUCUGACACAGAGACUUUAAAAAUUGUUACUGUGGGAUUGAAUGAAAUAUCUGUUCACUGAUAAGAAAACUGACUUAAAAACCAAAGGUAGAAGAUAAAGGUCAUUUUUGGAUCAAGAGGUUUUAGAAGGUUUCUUUGGAGAUGAGUGUGGUAGAACCAGUCUUAUUAAAGCAGGUGGGUAUACAGUGACCUCUCUAGGUUUGUUGAUAACAGAGUUUUUCAGGAGAGAAAACUGCCUGACCUUUGGGAAUAUGCUGUAGAAGAUUCUCAUUAGGCUUGUAUGAGUGGAAAGAGAAAUGAUAGAUAAACUUCUUUGUGAGUCAGAAUGUAUGUAAUGUGUUUAGGGGAAAUAGCCCAAACUAUUCUUAAAAGGUAAGCUAUUACAAUCCAGGAAAAGGUCCCGGAAACCACUGACAAUUAGAAAAAUUAGCCCACCAUGCUGCAUGGCCAAAGAGGCCAGCAAAUCAUGACGCAGAGUCAGGACAAGAAACAUUAUCAGCACCACAUCUAGUUUCUGAUGUUUUUAUUGAGACAGAACUCAAGAAAUUGUUCAGAGAAGAAUGAAUAAAAUCUUGGGGAUGAAAGGCUGUGGGUUGGACCACAGAGGUUCAAACUCAUAGUUAAAAAAAAAUAAUGGGUAUGUGUUUGUGUAGAGAAUAUAACUGAAAUGUGUUAUGACUAGCCAAUGUGAAUUUUCAGCAAAUACUAGAACAUGCCACUUGAAUCCAGACAAAAUAACUGAAGAACAAAUGAGAGUAUAAAAUUUUUCUAACUGAAAGCACUAAGAGGGUUAGUUGAAAGUAUAAAUAGAUAAGAAAUAUAAGUGAAGGUUCAGUCCCAGAACUGCAGUGGAGGGGGAGUGCCUCCUUGCCUUUUGAGGAUACUCUUCACAGAGUGGUCCUGGGAAGAAGCACAGUUCCACCCAAGAGAAUGUCUUACUUGGCAACGAAAGCUGCCUUUGGUGGAACAGCCCAAAUCAGCACACCUUCCUCUUGCUUCAUUUUUUACUCUUCAAGGUACAUGCUUUAAAAUUGACCUGCAAUGAGUAUUGAAAAAUGUAUCCAAUAUGAAGAUGUUGGUGUAUCUGUUUACAUCCAGAGUUCUGUGACACAUGCCCCCCUGCUCCCACCCCCAACCCCUGGACUGCUGCAGAGUAAUUGAUUGCACUUGAUUAAGCUUUUCUCUAGGUAAAAGAACAAGUUUAGGUUGGGGACUGGCUCCUAUAGGCUGCUGCUGUGACCUUUGGCCCGAUGUGGCUCGUUUCGUGUCCGUUGACUCAAUAAUGUGCCCAGGGGGAGCAGUGUUUCCAUCUUUUCUGCACUGUUCUAUAGUCUGUAUAUGCUAACCUAAAAGAAGAGUGGCUGUAGCUACAAGGGAAACCUGACUGGGAUCGUUGAGCACCUACGCCCAUGACUGCUUUUGGCCUUGAAACGAGUUUAUGAAGGCAGAGGAGCUCUCUUCCCCACUUCCCAGUGGAUAAUAGCAGAAUGUGCUAUGCCACAAAAUUAUCCAGUUUUGGGGGAUAAAUAGGCUGGUUUAACCAUUCGAGUGGAUCUUUUAGUGGAGACCCCUGAGAGUCUGAGAACCCUCAGACAAACCCCUCCCUCCCUCUCUCCACCUUGAUACAGUGUUUGGAUAGGAGGGUACGGUGCUGCUCUAUGUAGCAAAUACUUUGGCUUAUUAGAGGAAGCCAGGCAUUUUGCACUAGGAAGAAUCAGUGAUCACUUUUCAGAAGACUUCAGUGGACCACAAAUAUAUUAUGGAGGAACAGAUUUUGCUGAGACAUAAUCUAGUUUUAUAACUCAAUCAUGGGUCAACCAUAUUUAGCUAACUUGCAGUUUAAAGGGAUCCCAUCAGUGAAAACAAAUUUUUUAAACUGACUGCUUUUAGUUAAAUUGAAGAGUCAUCUCUUGUCAAAAGGUUCAGACUUUCCUGCCUCGAUCUUAAAAGCAUGUCAAACAAUCCACAUCUGAUGCCAUAAAUAUGAACUGCAAGGGAAAAUGGUACAAUCUUAGUGAAUGGGAAUUGGAAUCAAAAAGGUUUGCUGUCCUUCUUAGAAUGUUCUAAAAUGUCAAGGCAGUUGCUUGUGUUUAACUGUGAACAAAUAAAAAUUUAUUGUUUUGCACUACU